UUGUAUUUUUUUCAAGUUUAUUUAUCAAUUUUAUUAAGGUUUGUAUUUUUCUCGUUUUAUGUAUUUUUCCAAGUUUAUUUUUAUUGUUAGUGUUUUUUCUUUAUGUAUUUCUUGACUGUAUUUUUCAAGUUUUGUGUUUAUUUUUUCAAGUUUAUUUUUUAGUUUAUUCAAGCUUGUAUUUUAUAUUUUGUAAACUCUUUUAUGUAUUUUCCCAAGUUUAUUUAUUUAAUGUAUUUUUCAUGUAUUUUUCACAUUUUCAAGUUUUAUUUUUCGAGUUUAUCCAAGUUUGUAUUUUAUAUUUGUAUUUUCCUUAUUUUAUGUAUUUCUCUUCAAGUUUAUUUUCUGUAUUUUUUUCAUUCUUGUAUUUCUUUUGUAUUUCUCCAAGUUUUAUUUCUCAAAUUUAUUCAAUGUUUUUUUGUAUUUCCUCAUUUUGUAUUUUUCAAUUUUAUUUUUUAUUUUUCAAGUUUGUAUUUUCUAUUUUCAACUUUUAUGUAUUUUACUUCAAGUUUAUUUCUUGUAUUUUUUUAUUUUUGUAUUUUUCAAUUUUGUAUUUUUUCAAGUUUUAUUAUUUAAU